AUGUUCAACGUGCGUUCCUCUUCAUACCUAAAAGUAUAUCAUAUUGGCCUAACUGAUGAAGAUGUCGCCCCCCUUCAUGACGCCGAAAUCCCGACUCUUGCGCAUGGACUGGACCGUGUUCUCUUCAACCCCAAUGUGUACUGGCUUCAAGAUCCACACUCCCGAGUUUAUAAUUUCGAGCCUUACCUGCAAAAGCUCAUUACGCGAAAUGAGUUUGCUUACGAACGAUUAAUGAAGUUUGUGCCUGCCUCCCAAGAUCCAGACCUUUGGGAGCUUGCGAAGAAUCACGACGCAAGGUAUAUCGGGAGUACUAGUGGACUGUCGGGUAUAAUGUCACACAUAUACUGGCUGCUGAGUCGUUGGAGACCCAUAGAUACCCGAUCACUUAGUGCCGAUUUUGCGAGAGAGCCCAACACUUAUGCUUAUGGCUCACGAGUGCCAGUGACUUCCAAACUUGUCUAUCAAGAUGGGCGAUACGCGAUUCAUCCUGAUAAGGAAUGGGAGAUAGUUGGCAAGGCGAACAGCAUUUUGAGCGAGUUGGGUAUUGUGAUGGAAAAAAUGCUUACCUUGGAACCGGAACUCUUCUCCCGCUUAACGAGGUCUAUGCCAGAGACAGAUCCUGAAGAGUUCCGCAAACGAGAAGCGUACUACUACUCAAAGACAUCGAAAUUGCUGAUGCGUUCCCAACUUGAUUGUCAUGACCCACGACUUCCUGGAACAGGUACAUUCGAUUUGAAGACGCGAGGCGUCAUUCCAAUACGACGCGACAGAUUAAACUAUGUUGAGAACUCAGGCUACCUCAUCAAAUAUUCUCAGGGUCUCUUCGAGAGCUUUGAACGAGAGUACUAUGACAUGAUGCGAUCAGCCUUCCUGAAAUACAAUUUCCAAGUACGAAUAGGCAAUAUGGAUGGUAUCUUCGUUGCGUAUCACAAUACUGCGCAGAUAUUUGGUUUCCAAUACAUCUCGAGGGAAGAGAUGGAUAUACGACUUUUCGGCUCCAGUGAGAUGGCGGAUGAUGCAUUCAGGCUGGUGUUGGGCAUGUUGGAGGCCAUUCUGGACGCCGCAACAACCAUCUUCCCGAACCAAACCUUGCGAAUGACCUUUGAAACUCUGGAAGGACAGCAUACCAUGUAUGCUUGGAUUGAACCCGAUAAAUGGGACGAGGAAAAAAAUGGGCAGUGCCCAGUUGUUCGACUAGAAGUCCAGGUACAAAGCUUCCUGAACGGUCAAUUAGUGGUACACCCCAUUGAUUAUGAUUCGGUGCGAAGUGGGUCAGAUCCCGUUGAAUGUCAGUAG